AUGUCCAACGUCUCCAAUCUCUCCAAGGGUCUUAAGAACAUCCAUCUCCAGGACGGCCUCUACAGAGAUGUCCAGGACUCGGCCUCAGAGGACGCCAGGCCGCGACUGGCCCGUUUUUUCGCCAAUUUACCGACAUACGGGUUCACACUUUUCUCGCACCGUUCUGCGCCGAACGGCUUCAAAAUUGCGAUUAUAUUGAGCGAGCUGGACUACGAUUACUCGACAAUUUUCCUGGACUUCAACAAGGGAGAACAGCGGUCCCCCAACUUUGUGGCUAUAAAUCCGAAUGCAAGAGUGCCAGCUUUGAUGGAUCAUUCAGCUUCCAUAAAUGUGUGGGAAUCUGGUGCAAUAAUGAUGUAUUUGGUCAAUAAAAAAGCACAGGACGAAGGAACAUGCCCCACGAUAUGGUCCGAGUCAUUGGCGGAGCAGGCCGCCAUCUCCUCGUGGCUUUUCUUCCAGACUUCAGGACACUCACCCAUGAUCGGGCAGGCUCUGCAUUUCAAGUUCUUCCACGAAACACAAAUUCCGUCAGCUGUUGCACGUUAUGUUGAUGAGGUGAGAAGAGUAUAUGGGGUGGUGGAGAUGGCUCUUGCCGAAAAGCGCGAGGCUUUGAUCAUGGAGCUAGACCUCGAAAAUGCCCAAGCAUAUUCCUCGGGACUGACACCAUUGUCACAGUCUCGUUACUUUGACUAUCCUAUUUGGCUGGUUGGUGAACGGUGUACUAUUGCGGAUCUGGCUUUCGUGCCGUGGAACAACGUGGUGGACCGUAUAGGCAUCGAUCUUAAGGUGGAGUUCCCGGAAGUGUUCAAGUGGACUCGUCAUAUGAUGAGGCGGCCUGGAGUUACAAAAGCCUUGAGGGCAACGUCAUGA